UACAGUGUGCGUCUAUUUCUCACGCUCUAUGUGGAAGUACAGGAAAUAUUCUGUUUGUGGUUGUCAAGAAAAUCCAUGAGAAUUAUAGUGAUAGUUUAGGAGUUGCUUGCCUUAUUUAUUUAAGGAUUAGAGUUUGACGAUGGGAUGAUUAAAAGAUAGUUAUUUUGCGCUGGAAAAAUGCCUUUUGUCAAACGAACGGUUGAGCCUGUACAUCUAAGCGAUAAGCCCGUACCAAAAUGCUGCCGAAAUGAAUUGGAGGCUGUUUCAAAUUUCACGUUGUGUGGCUUGAUCAGGCAGCUGGCCUGCCUGGCAGACCAGGCCAACAGCAUCUUCGAUGAGAUUGGAAUUGAAACGAAACUAGUAUUUGAUAGGACAAAUACAUUGAUAUUCCGUGUCGAGAAAUUAAAAGCGAAUGUACAUAAUUUAGAUGCGAGAGCAGUUAAAGUUCCUGAAUCCAACCUUGAUGACUACAGUGGGUUUCGUGGACAUUAUCAUGCUCCUCCGGCCAUUAGCAAGGACCUUUUCACAGAGGCCACCCGGCCUCGUUGUGUCAAGGAUCUUCGCUCGGCCGCAAGUACAAACUUUACUGAUAUUUUACGCAAAUGUAAAGAAUAUCAGAAUGACACGCUACUGGUGAAGAGCGUUAUGGAGACGCGUUGGAUGUCGGCACAAGAUCACCUUGAUUCGCAAUAUGAAUUGGAUGUUUGUAAGCACGUCAACCAUGUUCUUCCUAAACAGCGUCGAAAACAAACAAUAUUUGUAAACUCCCCAAAAGGAGCACGACCUCUGUCUGAAGGUGAUGCUCAUGAAGAUUACUUUGCACGUAGUAAUGCGCCGCUGCCAACUCCUGAGGAAGUAGCACGUCAGAAUAUUCUGCCCUCAUCAGUUAUCAGCAUUGACGUAACUGGAUGUAGCUUCCAGAGAAUGUCUAGCCUUCGAAGAUCAAAUGGGAGUAAAAAUAAAAGAUCGAGUUUGCGACGGCGAACAAUCUGCGGUGCACCAACUGAUGUAAGGGUUGCACCCUCAAGUAAUGAAGAUUACCAAUCUCUACCAAUCGUUGGUUUGGAAUUAGAUCAGGAUAGUCUAUCAAGAACUCAAAGUCUCGAUAGAAACUUGAUUUUAAGGCGGCAGUCCCUUAAUGAAGGUCAGUACGCUGUUGUUCAGCCUAUUGGAACACGGAGACGGCCAUUUUCCUUGCGUUUACAAAAGCGUCCAAAAUCGCUUGGUAAAUAUGAAACUCUCCCUGAAGGAAAGCAUGUUGAUUUGCAUGGAAAUGGAACAAGUACUUUAAUAGUCAGACGAAGUAAUAAGAAAGAAGAUGGCGGGAGAAAAGGAAUAAGGGUGACAAUGCCUGACCAUCCUAGUAUUCCUACAAGUUGUCAGAGCUGUGAGACAUUACCACCUUACACUUCAGCAGAUUCAUUGGAAAGUUCGGUUGGACAGGAACGAGCUGAAUCAUCCUCACCGUUGCGGCCGAAGUCAAUGGAAUUGGAUCGAAAACAUUUGCAUCUUGGACAAAUUCCAAAGUCAGCCUCGGCGGAACACAUCAAACGUAGUACUUACAUACAUAAUAACAUUCCUAAAACUAAUUCUUCAACUAUGACGGAAAUGAUGCCAGAUGUUGUAUCAUUACGCAAAACUGAAGCAGAAAAUCUAUCCACAACAACACAUUCACCAGCAGUAAAGUCAGACGUAAGGCUACGCAGUAGUAAACGGCAUGAUGAAAGGCAAUCUAGUUCAGGAAACUGGAGUGAAUCCGAUAGUAAUAGAAAUUCUCUUCAGUCAGACACUAGUCAGUCUUGGAUUUCUGAUGCCUCAAGCUCUUUGGUUUCUACUUGUGACUCUGCAGUCUCGAUGAAUUGUCCAGAGAAGAUCAGGAGUCCUAAGCAUGGUAGAAGCUCUUCAGAUGUUAGUCAGACGUCAGAUUCAACAUUGACUAAUGCUGGAAGUGAAGAAGCAUUAAUGGAAAUUUCUAAAAAGAACAAUGAUUGUUCACAGACUGCAGUUGAUUUUAGCAUCACCCAUAUGGAUACAGAAUCAUGGCUUCAAUCUGUUGGGGCUAUGCAACCAGUGGUAGAGAAAGCGUUUGGUAAUCAGGCACCAAUGCAAAAGCAUGAUUAUGAUCCUGCUAUGCUAUCAGACACGUGUAGUUCGUCUUUAACUUCAAUAGAUAAUUUUGAGAAUUCUAGUGAACUUUCUGAUGAUUUAGAAAUGUACUUAGGUCAGUCUGGGAGCGAGGUUUUUGAUUCUAGCAACUCUCUGUGUUCCAUUGAUACGGAUGGUUAUUGGACCUCUAUGCAUUCUGAUUGUGGUCUACCAAGUAUGAGCCGUCGACAGACUAAGUAUAUGCCCCCAUCUGCUAUUCCAAUUGGGUAUACCUCUGAGGAGUCAGAAUCUGGCUCUAGACACUCAACACGCAUUCUCCCAAGAAGAAUGAGCCCAAAGAUGCGUUUGCGGAAAAAGAAGUCAGGCUCUCCAGCAUCUGAUCGGCCCCCCCAUUCUUCCAAGGAGAAUUCUGCUAACGGGUCAUCCAAGGACACAGAUAAAGGAACAAAAACAAGACCUACCAGUUUAAAAUUACCAAACAGUGGUGCAUUGUCUCCAAAUAGCAGGAGUUCGUCACCAGGAUUCUCUGACACUACUUCAGAAACCAGUAGUUAUGAUCUCCCAGAACCAAUGAGGACCCCUUCUAAUGGUGGACUAUACACAAUAUGCUUUACUGGCAGUAUGCAACUUGAUGACAUGAUCAAAUGCACUUCAGAAAGGAACCACAAUCAUCAAAGAUCAAACUCAAUUAGUUCUUUAUCAUCAGCAGGCUAUGAUGACUCGCCUAAUAAUACUCUUACAAAAGGCUCUAGCACAUCAAAUCAAACAUCAAUGACAUCCAAUGAUCAUCCUUCCCAUAAUGAUCUUUGGAAAAAAUUUGGGAAUCAGUGUGAGGGAGAGACUCAGAAACCUGAACCUGAAACUCAAGGGAACGAAAGCAGUAUACAAGAAGUAAAGGAAGAUGGUGUAGUUUCAGAUGAAAGCUCAACAAACUCAAAGCAGACUGUCCAUACAAAUGAAGCAGACCAGAGUAAUAAUGGAAGAAAGAGCUAUUAUGAUCAUAGAUAUGGAAUUUUUGUUUUAGACACAUUAGAUGGAUCAGAAUGCAAUGAUCAUCUACCUUCACCGCCAGGUGAGGAGCUCUCUAAAACACAUACUGGAGAGAUGCAUGAUAACUAUAAUUUGGCUUCAACUAAUGGAAACAAUUCAAUGAAAUCAUCCAAGCCGAGUAAAUCUAUUCCAGAGCCAAUGAAGUCAUCUGUUAAAAAUGAUGGAAGGUUAAGCCCUCCAAAGUUUGUAACCCCAUCACCAAGGUUACCACGGAAGACAGUAAUGACAACAGAUUUGGAUCGUGUGCUGCAGUGGAAUGAAACCAGUUUUGGUCAGCCUGCCAAAAUGGUCUCAUCUAAAAUAAAUACACCGAAAACAAAGGAAUCCAGCAAACCUAUGAAUAAUCAUGGUGCUACUUCACAAGGUGAAAACUCUGCUAGUUCUACUAUAUCGGCAUUGGAGGAUGUAGAGAGGCAGGAACCGAUUUGGCAGCGACAGCAAACUGAUGGAAGCAUUACAGAAACAGACAUUGUUUGGGAAAAACAGAGUCCCUUACAGAUGAGGUCUAAUAAAGUUGUAGACAAAGAAAAAGUUGAUCUUCCAAGCCCAGAUGGAUUCGGAUCUGAAGGCUAUAAUACCAUCAAAAGAUCACCUCGACAAAAGAUGUUUUCAUCAACAACUUCUCAAUCUAUGAAAUCACCAAAAGACCUGUCUGAACACAUCCAUGUUUCUAUACCAACUACAGAUGAGUCUAAAUACCAGAAUCAUCUUCAACCUGCAUCAGAUACAGAACACAGAUUUUCUUCACUUCAGUCAAGUGAUCAGCAUGUUCAGCGACAUACUUCACUUGCUAAUAAUAAUGAAAGUCAAAGUAAUAAUAAUAUUUCUACUUUAAAUGUCCACACUACACAUCAGAGUUCAAAUGUACACAAAAAGAACACAGGGAAUGAAGAUGCUUAUCAGAGUCCAAUAGCAUCAUCAGGGACAGAUGAUUACACUUUGCUAGAUUCACCUGAUUCACAAACUUCGCAGCAACUCCAGAGUUCUCUUCAAAAUGCCAUGCCUGCAGUAAAAACUAUCACCCAUGGAUGCGACCAACAUCAUACAAGUCCUUUAGGAUCUCCUGUAAAAGAUAAAAACUCUCUGAUGACGAUAUGCCAUUUAGAUACUAAGCAGGAACAACCUGAUGUUUUAAAAGAUGUUCCAAUUAAACAGAAAGAUACUUCAGAGCCAUCAGUCGUGCACAAUCAAAAUCCACCUGGGAAUAACCAAAUCUCAAAUGAAAACUCAAUGAAGUCUCAGAAUGAUAGUUACAUUGAGUUUGAAACUAGUUUUGGGGCAUGCAAAAGUGAGAAAAUGUCGGUGAAUACAUCCUCUUCACCACAACAGGCAAGACGUCAGGACAUAUUUGUGCAAGCAGAACCAAGUUUGCAGUUGAUAUCCCCAGUGGAGAAAAGGUCAAAAAAUGACUCAAGAAAUUCCUUCAGAAACUCUUAUAGGGAGGAAUUACAGAACAGUAACAAUGAUCCUGAUUUGGCAAUAAUAAGAGCUGCAGGCAAGAUAGAAAAUGGCAGACAUUCUAGCCAGCCUGUCGGUGUGAUUACACCAAAAUUUAGAACUGAUUCAUCAAAUUACAAAACAUCAUUUGACCCUAUUCUUAUUAAUGGAUUUGAUGCAUCUGGUUACCAUAGUCCGUCUAGAGGAAGUGAAUCAGAUAGUUCUUCACCAAGACCAAAUCGUCAUAACAGCAAUCAUAUAGAAGAAGGGACAGAUUCAUGUCCAACUCAAUAUGUAUUUGAUCCAAACCGGAAACCAACCUUUUCAAUUCUAAAGAAAAGAAUUGGAGAGUCUGACAAAAGCUUGAAGAAUAGUAAAGAGCGAUUGUCAUUUUUACAAGCAAACAGGCGAAAGAGUAACUUAAAAAAUGAUGAUCUUUAUCGCAAGGCUGUAAUGGCAUCUUUAAGUAAUGCCAAUGGUCCAUUUGGUUCUGACAGCUCCAUUGCUAGUGUAAUGUCACCCCGAAGUAUCACUUUUUCAGACACAGUUAUUGUUGACCAUACACCAGUAAAAGUCUGCCAAGCAUCAGGAAAACCUCAAACAUCCCUUGAAGAUUUUCGCUAUUUACUUCAACAGCAGUCUCCUUCAUCCAGAACAGAAUCAGCUGCUUCGGCUCUUAAUGUCCGUGGUAAGAACAACCGCCACAAUGCUACAGAAUUGCUUGUGAAGACUGCAUCUACUGAUCGUAAUCAACUGAAUGGAUUCGCUGAACCUGUUGCUGCAGUUAAGAUGGUUACAAUGAAUGAAAUUAGGAAUGUUAUGGAAGGAUCUGUAAAUUCUAAGUUGCAGUUACUGCCAAAUCCACCAUUGCUUGAUUCCCCAACAGAAGUUCCAGAAGUACUAGGGUAUGUUUCUAGGCAGUCGAUACCUAUUCCUCCUCCAGAUGCCACAUUCAAUUGGUUGAAAGGGAACAAUAUUUCUACACCACCAUCUGACAAACCUUCACCAGGUCCUUCAAGAUCAUUACUUAUGGAGGAGAUACGACGACAGCCGGGUUCAGUAUCUCGCUUAGUUGCCAUCAAUCAGAUCGAUCAACAAUUAGAUAAGAAACUUCAAACAUUGCCUGGAGAUGAGCGUGACAGUGGACAACCUGAAUUUCAUGGUUUGUUUAAUUCAAUAUCAACUAAAGUCAAGAAGUUGCCGUUGGCAGAGAAUGUUGCAGAAAGUGAACAUGAAUAUCCAACAGAUGCAUGGGAUUAAUAAAUCAAUUAGUCAAUUAAGAUUUUAGUCUGUUGGUCAGUCACUCCAUCAAAAAAUCAGUUGUCAGUAAUAAUUGAUUAAUUGAAAAAAUAUUAAAUGGAAAUAAUCAAUAAAUCAAAAUGUUCCAUCAGUCAUUCAUUUGGAAAAUCAACAUAACAAACAAACAGUAAAACAAAAUCAUUUGAACAAUCUAUAGGUCACAUAAAAUUUUUUUUUUAUUUUUAGAUAAAAAUGUAUUGGUCAAUUAAUCAGUAGUUGUUUAUCAAUAAGGAGGAUGGUACAUGUUAAAACUGAUCAUUUAAAAGUAAUUCUAUAUAAAUCAAUCAGUAAUACAAUCACUAUGCUUACUAAGUUUAUGAUGGAUCCAAUCACGUAAUAUGAUGCCUAGUUAUGUUUUCAUGCACCAUGAAUGAAAAUAAUCACAGUAUGCUCUUAUUCAGGGACCACUUUUGGCCAAUCUGCAAAACUACAUAUCAAAACAUUUUAUGUCAGAAUACUCUAUAAGUGUUUACAUGUUUCACAGUUACUUAAGUGUUCUUAAUGUUUGCUUAAUCCAAUAAGCUGUUGUAUAUGGCUUUUUUCUUGGCUAUGUUUCAAUGUAAUAUUUCUCUUAUUUCAACAUUUGAUUUGUAUGUAUUACUUUGCACCAAAGAUUUAUUUUUUUUUUUAUUUUUUGCUGUUAAGUAGUGUUAAGGAAAGGCAUGCUGAGCUAGAACAGUUAAGAUGCAAAAAUGAGGAAGAUUGUAGAAAAUUUGUUUAUGAAUAUAAUCAUUUAUUUUUCUAAAGUAUGUGCAUGGUGGCCUUUAGAUAAAAUAUUGAUAUACAGUUUAUCUUGUUUCAGUUAAGUACCAUAAUCCAAAAGUUUAACAUAUACAUUACAACUACCAACUUCUGUUGAAGCUCAACAAAUUAUAUAUUACACAUAAACUGUAUUUCAUUUAUUUUUCUUAAAGGUAAUUUAGAAUGUCAUAGAAGUUAUGGUUACAUAAUUAUUACAUUACAAAUGUUUAUUGUAACAUGGGGUACAUUGGAUUAUUGUGUUUAUAUUGAGUGUUUUAAGUAAUUUCAUUAACGUACAUUGCUUAUGUGGUAACUCUUUUUAAUAAUUGUGUCCAGAUCAUUAAAAAAACAACAAAUUGUGCUUAAAAGAUGCUAAAAAACGUAUUUUUUUUAUCUAACUUCAAAUAUCUAAUCAGAGUCCAAAGGGGUAGCUCAUCAAUUGGUGCAAUGUUCAUUUUCAUGUGCUCAUUUUUUUUUUAUGAGUAAGCAAUGGAGAUACAUUUGUUUUUUGCAUUGGUGUUUAUUGAGCAUUUUACUAUUUUUUGUAUGUGCUACAGCACUUUGACCAACUGGAAAGUUGCCUUAUAAAUGCCAAAUUUGUAUUAUAUAUUAGGUAAAGUGAUUAUUAAUGGCCUGCUUUUUAAAUGCGAAUGUCUAACGUCUUAAUGGAGUCUUAGCUUUGAAUAUCAAUUAGUUGUUAAGACAUCUUGAAAUUUUAAAUCCUGGCAGCAUUUGUUUCAAUCUAGAACGGCAUAUGGUAAAUAUCAUUGUAUUCAAUUGUUAUAACAGCAAUAUCUGUACAACUUUCCAUUUUUAGAGGUGAAUAAACUGGUGUUUAUGGGAUGUAUCCAGUAUACAAACGUAGUAAUCAAUUCUACAGUUGGCCAGCAUGCAUGAAUUAUUAAUCUAUGGCAUAGUGAUUGUUGUGAUGUAUGCGUACAUAUAUGAAACUUUAGUCACUCAAUCAUUCCAGGCCUGUCAAUCAAACUUAACAUCUGGCACAAUCAGAACAAGGCAUGGUUACGUGUGUUAUUCCACAAACAUGUGUACACUACAUUUACACUUUCGUUUUGCAAAUCAACCUUAAGGACGAGAUGGCAGUGGGCUGUUGCUUUCGCGGUUACAGAUUUUCCGAUUUUUUAAACAUGCACAAUUCAUAUUCCUUGGACCACAUAUGAAAUUUCACAUUCUGAUAAGUCAGUUGGUUUUGAUUGGCAGUACGGUAAGGUCUAAUUUGCAGUAUGUCUGGAUAAAUAAUAUUUUCAUUCAGAAGCAUAUGCACUUGUAAUCAGUUAUGCAGAAUAUCUACAUACAGUACUCAAAUUGUAAGCAAUUAACUUUCCACUAAGCCCCGCCCCUUGGACUUUGUUGUUAAGGCCCCGCAAAACUACUUUUAAGACAUACGAAAACCAGGUGCCUGUUCGUUAGACACAUGCGUAUUCCUGGCCCAGUUCUGAUUGGUCAGUUGUUAAGUUUAAGGUACGUUUGGUGGCCUUGUAAUAUGAAUCUUUAACCAACUGAAUAUGAGUAUCACAGUUAGUAUUGAUUGUACAUAUUGGAUCUUGUUUUAGUGACAGUUAUCAACUUAACUAAUUAAUCUGUGCAAUUCUCAAUUGUAGACUCUCAUCCUAUCUGAGUGGAGUUAAAUAGCUCAGUGGUUAAGAUGCUUGCCUUCUGAUCCCAAGGUCCUGGGUUCGAUUCCUGUGACUUUUUCUCACGUCCAAAAACAACUCCACUCCCUAAGCCUCAUAGAGAGACUUAGUUUAUAAAGCAUCAUUCUCAUCCUGUAAGUGGCAAGUGUACUUGUUGUUGAAUGUGAAGGAAAUAGAAAUAAAAAAAAUCCUAUCAGUCACUCAAUACAUUUUAAGCAGUCUAGUCUAUGGAAAGCGUUACUAAGUGGUAGUGUAUACAUUAGACUGUCUGACUAGGAAUCCAUAAAUCGUGUGCUGUGUAAUUUAAGAUUUUAAAAAAUUAAAUCAAUAUGGAUAAGAGAUAAAAUAGUAUAAUGGAUUUGGAAAAUUGUGGUAAUUUCUCUUUUAGAAAUAAUGGUGCAAUAAGGCAAAAUACAUUACAAACCUUGAGGUUCAUAUUUAGAUAGGAAGUAAGAAGCAGUUUUCCACAAUUAUGUCUCUUUAGAUGACCAAAUAAUGUUGUCAAGUACCUUCACUUCAUGCAUAUAAUAUUCAUAAUGUAUGUAGGAUCUUUCCCAUUAAAUUAAAUUAAAUUUAAUUUUAAAUAAUAAUGCAUUACAUAUAUUCUAUUUUAGCUUUAUUUUUUACCAGAGCGUGUGUAAAUUUUUUUACUUGAAGAUUGGGGAAAAUCAUUUUGAACUUGGUUCAGCAUAUUGUGCUUUAAAAAAGAACUAGGGAUGUUCUGUACUUGACCGUGAAGAUAAAGAUACCGUUGGUUGUUUCCAAUCUGAUUCGUUACAUGUUCCAUUUCAACAAAAGGUGUUUGAAUAUCAACCAGGAGAAAUGUGGCCAAAUCACAGUUUUCACCAAUUUUUGUAUAAACUAAGCUUUUGUAAAAUGUUAUCCAAUUAUAUUACAAUUACAGAUUACAGUAACCUUAAUUUACUUUAAUAAAUGGUCACGAAAUACUGUACAAUAAUAUAUUGAUACACGACUCCUCCUGUACAAAAUAUUGUCCAACUAUAUGUCCAUUCGUUCUGAUCAUUGGGAAUUUUAAUUAAGCAGUAAAUAUUGUUGAUAUUUAUUGUAUGGAAUACACAUUUUCUUAACAUUCUUUAAAAUUGAUUUUCUGCUAAUCGGACCUGAAAUAUGAUAAUCUUCGUCCUCAUAUUUCCUCUGUACCUUUACUUUUUAGAUUAAAUAAAUGUGAAUUAUUGGAAUAGUUGACCAUUCACUAAUGGGACAUAAUAUAUUUUGUGCAUGUUCAAAUAAAUUUUAUUACAUGUGCAUGUAAUUAACUUUUUUUCCAUAAUUAUUAAUUUUAUUAUCAUUGUGCAUAAUAUUAUGAUGAUGAUUGGCCUAUAUUGUGAACUUAUAUUAGAACAGUAGAAAUAAUGCAGGGCAAAACUAAUAGUGUAGUUUUAUAUA